AUGAUCAAGAUAUCAUCUCUCCUCAACGCUCCACCAUCUCCAGGCAUCUUGCCCCCAUUCUCGUCCUUGAGCCCGCCUCUCACCCCCGCACCGACCAGUCAAGCAUCUUCUAUCACGUCCAGUCCUCCACCACAAAUCGCCCGAUCCGGUGGAGCCGCAACAGGCCUUCGCCAGAAGAUCGCCAAGGAUGCUCCCGUGUUCAAUCGCAACCCAGCUCGAGGCGAGGUCAACUACGCCCCGUUCGAGGUCAGCGAUAGGUGUGCCAUGCUCAGCAAGAGAGAACGACAAGAGCUGGCAGAGCAGCACCACCGCUUUCGCAUCUUCCCUAAUGGCGGGGAUCAAGGUCUGAUCCGUGAUUUCGUCCGUCACAUCCCCUAUAACAGCGAGAAGAAGGCUUUCUCGGACAAGACCGGUCGUGAGGCCUUUGAGCUCUUUCAGUACACUUUCAGUCUGCCCGACGAGCCGAACAAAACUUACACCGUCAUGUGGGACUAUCAGAUCGGCCUUGUGCGCAUCACUCCUUUCUUCAAAGCAUGCAACUAUCCCAAGACUCAACCCAACAAAGUGCUCAGCCUCAACAAUGGCCUUCGCGAGUUAUCCUUCAGCAUCACUGGCGGUGCCAUCGCAGCUCAGGGUUACUGGAUGCCAUACGGAUGUGCUCGUGCCGUCUGCGCUACCUUCUGCUGGAACCUCCGCUGGGCUCUCACUCCCAUCUUCGGGCCCAGCUUCAUCAGAGACUGUUUCCCUCCGAACCAUCCCUCAUACGCAAGAUUCACCAUCGAUCCAGAAGUCGUCCGUAUUUGUGCUCGUGAGGCAGAGGGCUGGCGUGCUGGUGAUGACACCAACCGCUGCAUUCCUAUCUCCAGCCACUUGCUCUCUGGCUCAGCGCUUCCCAUCCCUCGUUCAGCACCCAUGCCACUUCCUGAGCCUAAGCGUCUCCGUGCUCGCCCUACACGCCCUCGCAUCGAUACCGUCCACCUCGGCAGUCCCUUCCACAGCGACGACGAGAACGCCGCCAUCGUCACCGACACGAUCCGUCCACGCCGCACCAUCCCUGACUCGCCCUCGGUAUCUCCUAAGACCCGCAUCUCUCCCACAGUCCGCUGGGCCACAGUCAACAAUCCUCCCAACAGCGACAACGGCACUCCUACUCCUUGUGUCGGCUACGUUGGCACCGCAAAGCUUCCAAGAGACAUGCAAAACCUUCUCGUCACUCCCACUUCUGCUUCUGGCCACACUGUUCCCACCCAGUCUGCUGGUAUCCGCAAGCGUCGUCGCUCUUCCAAUUCCAUGCCCUCGUCGUCUUCGCCGAUUGCUUCUGUCACCGCAUCUCCUGCCACCGACUCUGGUUCUGAUGGCGAAGACCCCGAGUAUGUUGCAUCGUCAAGCGAGAAGGAGGAUGAAGACAGUGAGGGCGAAGUGGUAGUUGACAGCAGCACUAGAAUAAGCAAGAAGAGAAAGAUCGAUGUGCCUGGUGUUGGCCGCUUCAGGGCUAGAGAGGUCAAUGCUGCCAAGAUGCUUCUUGCACUGCAUCAAGAUGAUGCUGGCAUGGGCACUGAUUGAGUCUGUUGUCUGUUUCUACCCUCCUUCUCUUCUCUUGUCAGUUUGUCCUCACUGUUCGGCUCGAUGGUGGCAAGCACACACGACUCAAAAACACAUCUUACGACGCAUCUUCUACGACCUUUUCCUUCUCUUUUUUACGACACGCUCAGCAUGACUUAUCACGAUUUAACUCAACAACACUUUGCACCAG